AUGCUCUCGCGAGCCGCAGGGCGGAAACUCCGCAGAAAUGCCUUCAGGACGCCCACGACCAUUUCAGACCAAUUAACGCUGCCAUGGCUCUGCCCAGCGUUGUCACGGAGGACCUCGUACGCACCUUCCGCAUCCUCGACAAACACACACGACUCGAGUCGACGGCAGCGGCAACGGCCCUCUUCACUGUCCAUACGGCACGAGACACGCUCCCUCGCCACAUCCGCCGAACUGCAUCCCCCACCUUCCUCGCCGCUUUCCUUCGAUCCCUUUGCGCAAUCCUUCGGGCGCCAAGUCCAGUCUCCCGACCUCUCUCGCAUGCCGCGAUGGGACCCUCAGAAUCCCCUCGUCGUCCGAGACUCGCUGACUGCGUUGCCUGCGUUGCGUCCCCGCGACGGCCUCGUCGGUGACCUCGUCGAGCUGCACCAGAACCUAUACGCAUGUCUGCGCGUCGGACGUCUGGACCGGGCCGCCAUCAUUAUCGACCGCCUUGCCACCGUCUACAACAAGGAUGCGCCAGAACUCAUCGACGCACACAACGCCUACUUGCAGACGCUGCUCGACCUCGGCCAGCUCGAUCCUGGUGUGGAGAGCAUGAAGAAGAUUGAGACCUGGUGCAAUGACCACAUGCUAGCCAAAGAUGUCCCACCAAACGCGCAGACAUUUGUUACCCUGAUCCGAUCGGCCAUGAACUUUCUGGAAGAGGGUGACGACGAGGCCGCAGUACGAGAAUACAUCGCCACGGCACGGGAAUACGGCGAAGACAUGCUCGACCAAAUCAACGCCUCGCCCGAGUUCUCCGAUGAGGAGUGGGAUCUGUUGAUCCGCCUACAACCAGAAUCCUUCCAAGAACCUCCGCCCGUCGACCAAGUUCAGCAUCUCCAUGUCAGCACGCCCUUGGGUCGCAAGAACCUUAUCGAACACGGCCUGGUAUCCCACCCAUCACAGCCAAUCAAACCAGUCAAGCAGAAGGGCAUGGGUCUGGAUUCGCUGAAACAAGCUCUUACCAUUUUCGACGAUGAGGCCCGCGUUCCGUACCCGCACGAUAUGCCAGGAACCCAGGAAGAGAAGGACCAGGCCUACGCAUACGCACGCCAACUACAGAUGGAACAGGAUGGCAUCGAGGCCGCAGUCAGGAGAUGGAAAGCCGAGGACGAGAAACUACAAGAAGUGGGCGUCUAUGGCGUCAUGAACAGCAAGCCUAUCCAGGCCAUCAUGUACGGCUGGUACUCCGCCCUCGUUCCGCUGUUCAAAAAGCGUAUCGAACAGGCCAAGGAGGUUCUGUCCGAUUCCGCCAAGUCCACGGCGCGUGACGAGGUUGCCGCCUACGGUGUCUGGCUGGAAAGGUGCAAGCCUGAGAAGCUUGCGGCAAUCACCGUUGCUCGGGCUACCCAGGCCGCAGUGAAGGGCAAGGAUGAAGACAAUUCUGCCUACAAGAUAUCGGCCCUGUCUAUUGCCGUUGGUAACGAUAUCGAGGAAUACCUCGACGCUGAUUCGCGGGCUCGGCGAGACGCUUUCCUGAGAAAGCAGCGCAAGCAGACUCGAAUGAACUUGAUCAAUCAACUUUCCAAGGAGACCCGGGAGGCGCCCUCCAGCCUACCACCUUUGAAGACAUCGUAUCCACUCGAGAAGGCCGACAUACCACUAGGGGUACGAACAAAGCUUGGAGCCUUCUGCUUGGAGCUCUUGCUUCAAUCUGCAACCCUCACCGUCACCGCAAAGGAUCCACGGACAGGGAAGCAGAUAUCCCGCAGUAUGGCCGCCUUCCACCACGCAGUCGGUUAUCGUAACGGCAAGAAGGUUGGCUACCUUGUGCCGCACCAUGAGCUCGCUACCAAACUGCGAACCGACUCUGUUCAUAGCAUCCAGACUGUCAGGCUGCCAAUGGUAGUCGAACCGAAACCAUGGUCUAGUUACGAAGAUGGCGGAUACUACACUAUCCCGCAAAAAGUCAUUCGUCAGAAAGUCGGUGACAGUGCGCAGAAAGCCUAUGCCCGGUCAGCCAUAGAAAAUGGUGACAUGUCCAAGGUGAUGGCUGGCCUCGACGUGCUUGGCAGAGUACCUUGGCAGAUCAAUGCCCCCGUUUUUGAAGUCAUGGCUCGUGCCUGGAACUCGGGAGAGACUAUUGGGGCUCUCGUUGGUGAAGAUUCCAUUACCAACUACACACGUCCCCAAGAACCUCCAGCCAACGCGUCAGUCCAGGAACGAGCAAAAUGGAGCAAAGCUCUGAAGGAAUACGAGAAUCACAUCGGCGGUCUUCACUCACAGCGAUGUUUCCAGAAUUUUCAAUUGGAGACAGCGCGAGCAUACCUGAACGAAAAGAAAAUGUUCUUCCCUCAUAGCGUCGACUUCCGAGGCCGCGCAUAUCCGAUCCCACCCAUCCUUAAUCAUAUCGGGUCUGAUCUCUCAAGGGGACUUCUCAAGUUUGCGCACGGCAAAGAGCUUGGUACUGUGGGUUUACAAUGGCUGAAGAUUCAUCUAGCCAAUCUUUACGGUUACGACAAGGCUAGCCUACGCGAACGCGAACAAUUCACAAUGGACAACCUGGACGAAAUUCGCGAUUCCGCGACGAAUCCACUGGAUGGUAGACGGUGGUGGGUAAAGGCGGAAGAUCCUUGGCAAUGUCUGGCCUGUUGCAUGGAGCUGAAAAGAGCUUUCGACUUACCCGAUCCGACUCGGUUUGUAUCUCAGUUUCCAGUUCACCAGGAUGGAACGUGUAAUGGACUUCAGCAUUACGCAGCCUUGGGUGGUGACUAUGCUGGUGCUCGCCAGGUCAACCUUGAACCCUCCGACAGGCCGCAGGAUAUUUAUACUGGUGUUGCUGAACUCGUAAAAGAGAUGGUCGCAAAAGACGCCGCCGAAGGUCUUCCAACAGCGUCCUUUGUUGACGGCCACAUUACGCGAAAAGUUGUCAAGCGAACAGUCAUGACUAACGUCUACGGAGUCACCUUCAUGGGAGCGAAAGAACAGGUACACGACGAGCUACGGAACUUGUUCCCUCAUUUCGAGCCUACAAGCAAGGUCCGGGGACUUGGUGCCGUCGCUUUGUAUGUUGCGCAUAAGAUCUUUGACGCGCUGGGCAAAAUUUUCAAUGGUGCUCAGGAGAUUCAGUACUGGCUUGGGGAAUGUGGCGAACGCAUAACGACAUCGAUUACUGCCGAGCAAGUCAAAAGGAUCAAAGACCGCUUCGAAGGAUUGGAUCCUUCGAAUGCGUUGUAUGACCCGAAGUUUGUGGCACCAAAGAAGAUUACCGCAGCCCAGCUCAACAAGUUCAACAAAGGCAUGGAGAACUUUCAGACUAGCAUCAUUUGGACAACGCCACUCAAGAUGCCAAUUGUCCAGCCAUACAGGAAGGAAAGUAACCAGACCAUCAAGACUAAGAUUCAGAACAUUACGGUGUCAAAGAGGUCUCAGCAUAAUGAGGUUGAUAAACGCAAGCAGCUCCAAGCAUUUCCCCCCAACUUCAUCCACUCUCUCGACGCGAGCCAUAUGCUACUUUCGGCGUUGAAGGCCAGCGAGAUGGGGCUCGACUUCGCCGCUGUCCACGACAGCUUUUGGACACACGCUUCUGAUAUCCCUAAUUUGAACGUCAUUCUUCGUGACGCAUUCGUACGCAUGCAUAGCGAGGAUAUUGUCGACCGUCUUGCUGCCGAGUUCUCUGCGCGUUAUGCAGGUGCUAUGUACCGAGCGACUCUUUACAACGGAGCAGAGGUCAGCCGGAGGAUCACAGAAUGGAGACUAAAGCGUCGCCAGAAGAAGGGUACUACCACAAAAUCAAGUGGCAAGCGAUACGGAGACAUCUCCUUUGAGGAAGUUGCACUGGAGGCUAAGCGACAGGAAUUGCUGAAGAGUGAAGAUGCCGAGGAGAGGAAACAGGGCGAGGCGAUGGUCACGCCGACCAGCAUCUGGCUUGCGGACCAGGACCCCAAGGCAUUCCGCUCGGCCAGACUCGCUCUGCUCGGUGAGUCUAAAGACAAACAGUCUGCCGAUAGGGAAACAAAGACUAUCGAUGAGGCAUUGGGUGAUGAAGUUGAUGCUAUCACCACCACUGAGUCAACGAUCGAUGUUGUGGAAGACGAGGCCCAAGAUCUCGCAAAGGACCCACAAAGCGGCGGUGUAGCCAAGAAGAAGGCGCCGUCUCGCCUCGGCCACGAGAAGAGCACAAUUCAAGUAUGGAUCCCGCUCAGCUUUCCACCUGUUCCGCAGAAAGGUGGGUGGGACGUAUCCCGUCUCCGGGAAUCCAAGUACUUUUUCUCUUGA